AUGAUCGAUGUUGGAGUUGAUAGCGGCGUGCAGAUGCAAACAGCUGAUGUUGGAAUCGACAAUACUCCCAAAAUGUUAGAUGCUGAAACAAACAUGAAAAAAUGGAUACCGAAGAUCAAGUGGAGGCGCGAUCAUGGAUCAAGAAAUUGUUUACCGCCAAUCCUAAUUGGGUAG